GGGUCGGGGCUGAGAGAGGACAGAGCCGGGGAUGGGGACGGAGGGUCGGAUGAGCACAUGGCUGGGACUCGGGGCUGUGAUUGUGGGGCUGCUCCUGCCUCCUGUGCUGACACUGGGGGCCCACCAAGGAGAGCUGGUCACUGCCUUCUGGCUGCAGAAUGGAAGAGCUAAGAGAUCAGUAGAUCUGCUGGAUAAGGGGACUCCAGACGGGGGAGAGAUUCUGGUGUCAUCAGAAGGAAGGAAGUUCAUCCUGAAAGUGGAGAGAAAUCGCCUCCUGUUUGCCCCCGGCUACACUGAGACACAUUAUACUGAUGGGCAGAUGGUGACUUUGUCCCCCAAUCACACGGAACAUUGCUAUUACCAUGGGCAAGUGGAAAACUAUGAUGAGUCCUCUGUCGCCCUCACCACCUGCUCAGGAAUCAGCGGCCUGAUUGUGCUGAGCACUAAUAACAGCUACUACCUGAAGCCACUGGAGGUGCCAGGUAAAGAAACUCAUACACUGGUCCGCACGGAGCACCUGCUGAUUAAAGAGGGGAGCUGUGGACAUGAUGGACACUCGGGAAGCACCGCCUCUUACUUACAGGAGUUUACAGCACCUUCCUCCCAUCAUCACAGGGUAAGGAGGAACGUCUGGAGGUCUCAGAAAUACAUGGAGCUGUUUAUUGUUGCAGAUUACAGCAUGUUUAUGAAGCAGAAUCGGAAUCUAGGGAGCACUAAGCAGCGUGUACUUGAGAUUGCAAACUAUGUAGACAAGUUCUACAUGUCCAUGAACAUCAAGGUGGCUCUGAUAGGUCUGGAAGUCUGGACAGAGAGGGAUCAAUGUGAAGUAAACGAUGAUGCCAAUGACAGCCUGAAGUCCUUCUUACAGUGGAAGCAAAAGUUGAGGUCUCGGAAGAAGCAUGAUAACGCGCAGCUAAUUACAGGGGUGACAUUUAAAGGAACAACCAUCGGGAUGGCACCACUGGAGGGCAUGUGCACUGCUGAGAACUCGGGUGGAGUCAGUAUGGAUCACUCCGAAAAUGCAAUUGGAGCUGCUGCAACGAUGGCUCAUGAAAUUGGACACAAUUUUGGAAUGAGUCACGACGAUGGUUGCUGUGUGGAAGCCACUCCAGAACAAGGAGGCUGUAUCAUGGCUGCUGCUACUGGGCACCCUUUCCCUCGCAAGUUCAGCUCGUGCAGUCAGAAGCAGCUGAUGAGUUAUUUUCAGAAGGGGGGCGGAAUGUGCCUAUUCAACAUGCCAAACACCAAGGAUCUGGUAAUGGGGAAGAAGUGUGGAAAUGGGUUUCUGGAGGAAGGAGAGCAGUGUGACUGUGGGGAACCAGAGGAAUGCACAAAUUCCUGCUGCAAUGCAAAUAACUGCACUUUAAAAGCUGGCGCCCAGUGUGCUCACGGCGAGUGUUGCCAAGAUUGUAAGCUUAAAAGUGCUGGGACCCAGUGCCGGGAAAUGGCUGGAUCCUGUGACCUUCCGGAAUUCUGCACGGGGGAUGCCCCUUCCUGUCCCUCCAAUGUGUAUAAGCUGGAUGGGUCCUUAUGUGCUGACGGGAAUGCAUACUGUUACAAUGGCAUGUGCCUCACUCACCAGCAGCAGUGUAUCCAUCUCUGGGGUUCAGGAGCAGUGGUUGCCCCUAAUUUCUGCUUCCAAGAUGUGAACAAAGCCGGAGAUCAGUAUGGAAACUGCGGCAAGAAUGGAAGAGGACAAUUUGUGAAGUGUACAUCCCGAGACGCUAAGUGUGGAAAAAUCCAGUGCCAGACCAGCUCAGAAAAGCCAAGGGACCCCAGUAUGGUCAAAGUGGACAACACCAUCAUUAUUAAUGGGUACAAGAUGAAGUGUCAGGGGGUACAUGCCUACUCCAUGCAAGAAGAGGAAGGUGACCCGGGGCUUGUGAUGACUGGGACCAAGUGUGGAGACGGCAUGGUAUGUAAAGAUCGUCGCUGUCAGAAUGCCUCCUUCUUUGAGCUGGACCAGUGUGUUUCUAAAUGUAAUGGACAUGGGGUCUGUAACAGCAACAGAAACUGCCAUUGUGAUUCAGGCUGGGCCCCUCCCUACUGUGACAAACCUGGCCCCGGUGGUAGUCAAGACAGUGGUCCAGCACCCAGUGACCUCCCUGUAGGUGUCACUAUUUUCUUGGUUAUCCUGUUCCUUGUUCUGCUGCUGGCCCUGGCAUUUGCGAUGGUCUACUGGUACCGAAAACCAGGUUCUCUUCUGAACAGGUGGCUGAUGAAGAGCAAAGCAAAAUGCAGCUUAUGCAAAGCCACCCAACCAAAGGCAAACAGAGCAUAUUCAAGUAGGAUUUUCACCCUCCGUAAUAUCUCCUAUCCGGUUAAAUCCACCAGCAAAGAAACUCGCUCACGGGACAUUUUCCAAGGAAAGACCACUGCUGCUCAAAACAGUUCUCAGCCUGUUAACGUUGUGCGCCCUCUUCGUCCGGCUCCCAGCCCAGUGAUCCAACAUGGAGUACAGGUGAAGCCUCUUAGGCCUCCUCCUCCUCCAAUGAAACCAUCCCCAAUUCUGCCAGCAAAAGAACAAACUGUUCAUGUCAAGCUGCUACCUCCCAAGAAGCCUCUACCUUCUUGCCCCAUUAGGACGCAGCAGUUGAACCCACCUUCUAAACCACUGCCGGUGACUCCUGCUCACAAAGAGCCACUCUUGGUAUUGACACCUGCCACACAUAAGCCUCCCAUCACCAACUCUGCUACCCAGCUUAAAGGGCCACACAGGCCAAUUCAAGGGGGCAAGGUUCAAGCUGCUGCUGCUGCCUUCCUUCAGAGAAAAUAACAGAGUAUAAAAACUAGGGAUUCGUAUCUGAAUAUUUGCACUAGAAGGCAAAUGCUGUCAGGCUUGGAGCACACAUCCAGGGGAAGAGAUUGGUCAUCUAUGGCCCUGGCCGACUGUCUUCGACUGAGAAAAAGAACUUCUGUUCUUGAGUCAUCUCACAUGUAUGGUACUCACUGAAUCCCAAUGGCUGUAUACUGGAGUAUACUGGAGUCCCAAUAUUGUUACGCCUCUUAGCUGCUGAAGGCAUUAUUUCCUUAACCUUCUUCUGGAACAUUUUGUUGAGUUAUAUACAUUUAUCCAACUAUAAAAGCUUCAUUUUGGGCAGUAA